AUGGCGCCUCCGCGAGUGGUGCUUGCAGAUCUCCCGCCAGCGGAGCGGGAGCGGAUGCUGUCUUUCCUUGUCGCAAACAAGGUCGAGUUCAAGCCUGACAUAUCGGGCAAGUUCUCUGCGGUUGUGAAGGUUGUCAGACCUGAGGCCACCAGUCCAGCUGCGUCACCUUCGCCUGGAGCUGAUAAGGCCGCCGAUCAGAUCAACAUGGCCGGCUGGGUGCCCAGCGCCAGCAGCACUCCAAGCACUUCUGCACGGACAGAGGAGACCCCUGGCGCUGGCAAAGGGACGAGCCUGACAGCAGUGCAAAGCGAGCUGAAGAAAAGGUUUCAGACCUUCACGGGCCUGCUGCCUGCCCUGGGCCAGCAUCCCAAGACCAUGACGAAGGCGGAGCUCCUGAGCUUCAUCGAAGAAGUCUACACUGCGCGGUACAACCAGGACCUCCUCCAGAUUCAGCAGCACGCUGAAGCAGAGGCUGUGGGAGUGCAGAAAAAGAAGAAGCUGCCAAGCGACUUGACCUCCUUCCCUCAGUCGGUGGUAACAGUGGCAGGCAAGCGUUACGGCCUGCGGCGCAUGGUGGGGCAGGCGGAUGUGGACACAUGGUCAAACUGGAUUUGUACGACUGGGCAGUUUUUCAAGCUGGAGAUAGCGGGAGUAUUGGCCAUUCAGUCCAACU